AUUGCUCCAGAGGCUAUGCUCCUCGACAGUCACGCUUGGGUCCUGUGGACGGUUCUCGCGGCCGCGGCCGCGGAACCGUACCUGGGUACUCGAAUCGGCAAGCUCAACACACAUUUCCAUGGUGUCUCCGGAGAGCUUUACGCCGUGGACGACACGACGCUGUACCUCAAGGAUUUUCACUAUGACGGCACAGGACCAGAUGCUUACUUUUGGGCAGGAUCUUCGACUCGGCCGGACCACACAGGCUUCAUCAUCCCGGAUGAGAAGGGCAGAACAACACCCCUCGGCGCCUAUAACGGGCAAGACCUGAUGCUCAAGCUACCGGCCGGACAAACGAUCAGCAAAAUCCGCUGGUUUGCUGUCUGGUGUAGAAAAUUUAGGGCAAACUUUGGCGACCUGAUCAUCCCGCGGAACCUGGAGGUGCCCAAGCCUGCCGUGCUCAAGGCUCUGCCCACCUGGGACCAUGGAGUGUCCUCCGGCCGGGUCUCCCUGGUCGACGCGCAGACCUUUCUGGUGCCCGACUUCAAGUACGACGGCCUCGGGCCCGCCGCCUACUGGUGGGUGUCCAAGGGCCCCAAGCAGCACCGCGGCGGAACGCGGCUGCUCGACGAGAACGGCAGCGACGCACCUCUGGCACCCGCCACGGGCAAGACCGUCUUCAUUUCGCUGCCGGACGGGCUGAGCGCCUACGACAUUGAUCGCUUUGGCGUAUGGUGCGAUGCGGCACAAGUGGAUUUCGGCAGCAUCUCCAUUCCCCACAACGUUCGCGUCCCACCGUCACCGCGUCAGCUGGCCCUGGCGCAAGCCGAGGCACAGCAGCGGGAUGUCGGGCCGCGCGUUCAGCAGGUCCAGCCCGUUUCCACCGCGGCCCCAGUCGGGCCUACGAGCAGGACCGGCGCCAGAACCACCAGGGGCCUCAACUGCCAAGUCCUGCAUGAACCCCUAGGCCUGGAACUGCGCUGGGUGUUGGAACGCGACCAGGCAGUCAUGCAGAUGGUCGGUCGCGUGCGUCAGGGCGAGUACAUGUCCUUCGGCCUAAGCAAGGACGACACCAAGUCACGCAUGCUGGACGCAGACGCCAUUGUCGCCUGGAUCGACCGGAACGGUAGAGGACACGCUGUAGACUACUAUUUGUCUAGCAAGGAGCAGUGCGUGGGAAAUCGCGGGAGCUGCCCAGACAACAAAAUCAGCCGCAGGGCGGCUGACAGUGUGACAAUGUUGGACGCCGCAGUGCUGAACGGCUAUCACAUGGUCACAUUUCGCAGACCUCAGGCAGCUCAGGAUCCCAACUACGACCAGCACAUCUACUCGGAUGGUCCGCAAGCAGUCAUGUGGGCCGUAGGACCUGUCAAUGAUCACUCUGACGCAUCUUAUCACUCUGUCCACAGUCAAGGGGACAUGUUUUUGGAUUUUGCCCGCCAGCCUGCCUGGAACUGUCCGGCUCCGGAUGAGGACGCGACGGAAAGCAAUUCGGCGGCCGAAGGGUCGGCGGACGAUGCAUGGCAGAUCCCGUCGGUGGUGUGCCCGGCAGACGGCGUUUUUCAGAUGCAGAUCGGCCCUGCAGGAGGCCGCAAAGGCUACCAGGCAGUGACGGGCCAAGUGGGGUGGGGAAUUGCUUGGUAUGUCAACGGUGUCCUCAUACCGGAACUCUGGGUGCAGCGUGGAAAGACAUACACGUUUGUGGUCGAAGGAGGCAACGACCAAGAGAACACAGCCAAGAACCAUCCAUUGUAUAUUACAUCCGACCCUGGAGGCGGCUACGAGCACAAAUCAGUCGCGGAACGCAAGGUCGAACGUGUCUAUGCUGGCGUCGCUCGACACAAAAACGGAAGGCCUUAUCCCACGGCUGUGGGGCGCCUGUGCGAGUGGCAGCUCCCGCUGGGCGAGCAGCCCGACGAGUACAACAGCUUCGAGCAGUUCCGGCAGCGGCUGCAGCUCCAAUGUCGAGACGGGUCGCCGGCCUACCUGCGCUGGACGCCGGACCGCAACACGCCCGACCUCGUCUACUAUCAGUGCUACACCCACCGCCACCUGGGCUGGAAGAUCCAUGUGGUGGACUCAUGCGCACCCAGCAACUCUACCGGCCGCCGCGCCGCCGGCUGACGAGCUACAAUAAACACGUCCAUCCUACAA